GAAGCCAAACCCACAUCAAAGCAGACAUCAGUUCAUGAGCUCAUGAAGGUGCCUUCGUGCAGCAACAGACAACACAAAAACAUUUGUUUCAGGAUCUUAUUUUGCAGAAAACCCGAACGGAUCGCUUUAAAUCUUCUUCUUUUAUGGAAGCCACUUGCAGCCGUACCAGAGGAGAGUUACUUCAAGCUCUCUUUUCUUUUGACUGUCUGGUACUAAAAACUCCCGUUUUCUUCGUUAAACGACCGGUUUAAAAUUUUGAGACGAUGGACGGGUUUGCCGAUCUUCUCACUGAUGUAUUUACAGAUUCUUCUCUUCCGUCCUUUUCCGAUGGAGAUCUGGACUUUGAGAAUUUAAAUUUUGACGAGAAGAGUGAGGAAGACGAAGCUGAAACCCCAACGACGACAGACGAGGCUCAGCUCCAGGAAGCGACCGCUGAAGGUGAAGUUUUGUCAGAUGCGGCAACAACAGACCCUCUGCACACAACUGCAAACGCUCACCAAGAGAAGACCAGUGAUGAAAGUGAUGGGGAGAAUUUCAUGAGUCAAACACCAGCUGGUGAUUACACAAGCUCUGGAGAGGAGCAUUCUUCCUCUGGAGAGGAUGAGGAGAUGGAUGAAGGAACAUCAGAGGAACCAGGAGAUUUGUCACCAGGCUGCAGCAGAGAAAACUUCCAAGAUGAUAUAAAGGAGUACACGUUCUUCUCUGAGGGAGAACCUAUGGUCGCAGAGGGUGCCAAUGACCCUAAUGUUCGCUACAAGGUGCAAGAUGGGGCAGAGGGGGAUAAGGAAGUGUCCUAUUUGGGAAGAAUCCCUGAAGGCAAAGAUGAAACCGUGACGAAAAGUGCAGAGGAACGAGAAAGAGAAGAAGACUCCGAGACCGAAGGCAUGAAAAAUGAACAAGAAGAAAAUGUUCAUCAGCUGGAGUCCAAAACCUCAAAUGAAAUCAAGCCAGGGGAAGACAGUUUGGCGUUUUCAAGUCUAUCUUUGCAGAAUUUGCAGGAUCUCAUCACUGAUGUCAAUGGGGAAGAAUAUGUAGAUAAAAUGACAGAUUUUAUGGAAGAUGAGCACCAAGAGGCAGGUGAGAGCUUUGCAGAUUAUCCUUCAGACUUUUCAUCAGGCGAAUACACAAGAGCAGAAGAAAACAAGGAGGAAAACAAGCCGGGUGCCUUUCCUGGUAUGGAGAAGGAAGCGUGCAUGGAAGGAGCUGUGAUGGUAACCCCGUGGACUCUGAGAGCUCAGGACACAGAGAAGAAUGAAGGCUUCUUGUACAGCAGAGAUUUGGAGAUGAAUGCAGAUGAGAUGACAAGCCUGGACGAAGCAACAGGGGACCUAGAUGAGAGCAACUCCAAUAGCGAUGAGGAGGAGGAGCUGCCGAGAAGAUCCAGUGAAUUUUCAGAUGAUGUUGAAAACCACAAGAAACAAGAGAACAUGCAGCUUCAUGACUACAGCAGUGUAGAGUUUUCCAGAUGGAGCAACUCUGGUGAUCCCAACGGCAACCAUAAAGGUGAUUUGGCGGAUUUCAUCAAGUCAGAGUUGGAUGCGUUAGAAACCGACAACCUUCCGUCUGAAUACCUGUUCAUCACAGAUGACUCGGAUGAGACGGAAGAUCCUCCUUCAGGUGUGAAUCAGCAUCCUGCUGAACAUGUGAAUCACUACUCAGUGGUGCAAAGAAAGGAGGCCAAAACCACAUCUUAUAAUCAGGGAUCCAUCGAUGACAGCUUCUUCUUCAACUCUGAACUUGACACCCCCGAGGUCCCAGAGGUGAGGCAGCCGACUGAUGAGGAGUACGAAGAGAGGAGGAACAUUGAACAGAUGCAGAAGAGAAUCGAGGCAUUCAAAAGGUUUUAUGAUAGUGAUGACGAGAACAGAAGAGAGGAGAGACAGAAAAAGGUCCAGUUUUGUGAUGAUCCGUUGUCCCAGAUCAUUCACUAUGAAACGGACAGUGACAGAGAAUCACUCAGCAGCUCCUCAGACAGAGAGGAGGAGGAAGAUGAUGAAGAGAAGGAAGAGGAAGAGGGGGUGGAAGAGAUGGUUGGGCAGGAUGAGGAGAUAGGGGAGAAACAUGAUGAAGAAGAAAAGAAGAUGAUGGAUGAGGAAGAGGAAGAGGAGAGUGAGGUGGAAGAGAUGGUUGGGCAGCAUGAGGAGAUAGGGGAGGAACAUGAAGAAGAAGAAAAGAAGAUGAUGGAUGAGGAAGAGGAAGAGGAGAGUGAGGUGGAAGAGAUGGUUGGGCAGCAUAAGGAGAUAGGGGAGGAACAUGAAGAAGAAGAAAAGAAGAUGAUGGAUGAGGAAGAGGAAGAGGAGAGUGAGGUGGAAGAGAUGGUUGGGCAGCAUGAGGAGAUAGGGGAGGAACAUGAAGAAGAAGAAAAGAAGAUGAUGGAUGAGGAAGAGGAAGAGGAGAGUGAGGUGGAAGAGAUGGUUGGGCAGCAUGAGGAGAUAGGGGAGGAACAUGAAGAAGAAGAAAAUAAUGUGAUGGAAGAUGAUGAGGAGAAGGUGGAGGAGGAUAAAGAUGCCAAAGCCAAGGAAGAGGAGGAGAUUGAGGACAAUGAAGCAGAUGAAGAAACGGAGGAAGACGAGGAAGAGGAGGAAGAGGAAAAUGAGGAGAGCCUGAGCUCUACAGAAACAUUCGAUGAUCUGACGGAUGCUAAUGACUCCUUCCAAAUCAGCCCUGAAUGUGAUCCUUCAAAUAUUCGGCUGCAACAAAAGAUGUCAGAAGUCAGAGAUACACAUGCCUUCCCAAAAACACACAAGGGUCUCAGUGUCCUGAAGAUGAUGAUAAAGUUAGGUGUGAUGACAACAUUGGGGCUGUUGAUGUUCUGGAUGAUCUCAGAUCAACCCGACUUCCUCAGAGAUAUUUUCUCUGUUUAGAGCUUUGAGCUAUGUCUAUAGGUUUUGCUUACGUUGUAAUAAUAAAUGUAGUAAAAUUGUUUCCUGUACAAGAAUGUAGGAAAACGUUUGUAAAUACAAAUUGUUUUACUGACUUGUGUUCUCUUAAUAAAGAUGUAUUUGGGUUU